AUGGGUACCAAACGACACCGUAUUAUUCUCUUGUUUGUUCUCACUGUUACGGUGGUGAUGAUGAGAGUGAAAGCAAGAGGUGAAUAUGGUUCACCGGAACAGUGUGACCUGUUCACCGGAACAUGGGUGGUGGAUGAAUCGUAUCCGCUGUAUAAACCAGCCACGUGUCCGUUUAUAGAGCGCGAGUUCAGGUGUGAAGCAAAUGGACGGCCUGAUCUGAUUUACACCCAUUACAGAUGGAAACCACUGUCCUGCAAUUUACUCAGAUUCAACGGAGAAGAUUUUCUGGAGAGAAUGAGGGGGAAGAGCAUCAUGUUUGUGGGAGAUUCAUUAAGCAGAAACCAAUGGCAAUCUAUGACUUGUUUGCUUCAUUCUGCACUGCCUAAUUCCAAUUACACUGUCGCCAGAGUUGGAGAUGUUUCUAUAUUUACAUUUACGGAGUAUGAAGUGAAAGUGAUGCUAGAUAGGAACGUGUAUUUAGUAGAUGUUGUCCGAGAGGAUAUAGGCAGAGUGUUGAAGCUAGACUCCAUUGAAGGAAGCAAGCUAUGGAAUGGGGUUGACAUGCUUAUCUUUAACACAUGGCAUUGGUGGUACCGUAGAGGACCCACUCAACCAUGGGAUUAUAUUGAAGUGGGAGGUCAAGUUAUGAAAGAUAUGGAUAGAAUGAAGGCUUUUGAAAGGGCACUCGUUACAUGGGCAGCAUGGGUAGAUGCCAACAUCGACCCUACAAAAGUAAAGGUUUUCUUCCAAGGAAUUUCUCCUUCUCAUUACAAUGGCACCUUAUGGAAUGAGCCAAGUGCAAAGAGCUGUAUCCGAGAGAAGACACCGGUGGCCGGAUCGACAUAUCCGGGGGGAUUGCCGCCGGCUGUGGGUGUGUUGAAGAGUGUACUAAGCAGAAUUAAGAAACCGGUGACAUUGCUGGACAUCACAACCCUUUCACUGCUGAGAAAAGAUGGUCAUCCUUCCAUUUAUGGACUUUUUGGUUUAAAAGGAAUGGAUUGUAGUCAUUGGUGUCUCUCUGGUGUUCCAGAUACUUGGAAUGAGAUACUCUACAACCUUAUUUAG